AUGCAUUGCCAUUUCGCCAGUCUCUCUUGUGUUGAUGCGAAAUUGCGUCUAAUCAGUCUUUGGCAGGGUCUUCCUCUACACGGAGUUGCCUUUUUCGAAGCCCGCUUCGAAACCACAGCUCCUGUCGCUUCAGCCAUGGCCGCACUCUUGACUACAGCUACAGCGCGCAGCUCUUCAGCUCGGGGUGUUGGCCCAUUUGCUACUGGUAAGUAA